GUUUUGGAGUCCCUGUGUUAACCAAGCGCUGUCAAACGGUAUGCAACCUGCGGCGCGCGAAAACACGCCAGGAUGCAGCGCGACCAGGAGCGCUGUUUAGGUAUAUGCGUUUGGCCUAUCUUCGGGCUACUCGCACUCGCGGCCUCCCUUGCGCUUCCUGGCGCGGCCUCCUUGCCGGAACAAGGCAGCACAGCACCGUAUGCAUGCUUUGACGGUUUCGUUCAUACCCAGGCAGCGGAAGCUGACGAGGUGGAUGCAGAAGCAGUGCUAUUACGCCUGGAGCAGCCACUCGAGGGGCUAAAGUACCUUCGGCUCCAAGUCGAUGGCAGGCCCCCACUCACCCUAGCCUCAGUCGCUGGAGCGCUGGGUUUCGGCGUGCCUGUGGUUGCCUGCGGGACGCUGCUGCAAGAUGGAGGGGACUUACUGCCCGUCCUGCAAAUCGGGCUUCCCGAAGGGCUCCGCACAGCGCGCAGUGAUGGCAGCAGCGACUCCAAAACUGCUGCCACAAGCAAAAAUGCCUUCGGAGCGCGAUCUGCUGCUGCAGACGCGGCGCCACAAGAGCAGAAACCCCAGCAACAGCGACUCAGUGUUUUGUUCUUGCUGCUGUCGAGCACGUGUGCCGGCCCGUGGCGCACUCCCGCCGCAACCAAAGAGCAAAUGGAGAGAGUCAUCUUUGCCCCGGCUGCUGGCCCCACGACGGGGGCAGUUGCAGCGGCGGCGUCGUCAGCCUCUCCGCCUGCAGCGGCCGGCGGCAACUCGACUGCUACAGCCACUACUGCCAACCUGCAGUCCUACAUAAGCUACUGCUCCAAUGGGCGAGCGUUGAUGUCGCGUGACACUAGCAUGGUCUUGGACAACGUCCAAAUCCCCUGCCCCGGUGCCCUCUCGGGGACCGACGACGGCCUGACGACUAGCUGGAAUCCCACUGGCUGCGACUUUGGUGACCUUCUGGGUUGGGGCGAUGCGGCGGUGAAGGCCGCCAAGCAGCAGCUGGGAGAGGAUGGUCUCAAGAGGUUCCGGCACGUGGUGCUGGUGCUGCCCCGCGACUGGAAAAACGGCACGGACCCCGGGGCCGGCUGCCGCGGGUUCGUGGCCACAGCGGAGGCCGGCAUCCCCCGCACCAACCCCGACGGCACGCCCGCGUACGGCAUGGUGUGGGUCAGCGGUGACCGUUACGACUCCCCUAACGCCUACCUACACGAGCUGUCCCACAACCUGGGGCUCUACCACGCCGGCACACCCAACGGCUGCCAGUAUUGCGACCGGUCCUGCGCCGUCAGCUACUGCUGCGUCAUGCGCUGUCACAACGCCGCGCACCUCUGGGCCCUCGGCUGGGCGGACCCAUUGCCGGCUGCGUCCACACCCGUUGCCGCUGCAGCAGGAGGAGUGGAAGCAGCGGCAGCCGCUGCGGCGGCAGCAGCAGCAGCGAUGGGCGGCUCUCUGGUUCUGGAGGGUCUGACUGAGGGGCUGACUCUGCCGUACCGACUGCCGGCGCAGCACACCAGCGAUGCCAGCUUCGUGGUGAUCGACGCGUCGCCAGGCGGUUCCGGCGACGGCAUCCGGUACUUUCUGUCGUACCGCCGGCCCGACCCGCUGUACGACGCGCUUUACCCCGCCGACACAAACAUGGUGCACGUGCACGCGCGCCUGCCGCCGGCGCUGCGUAUGGGCACUGCUGACACGCUGCAGCUCGCACGCCUGGGCCCCGGAACCCCCGGCGGCGGCGCGGGGGCCUCCUCCGGAGCCGCCACGUCAUCCUCACCAUUAUCUUCGUCGUGGCGCGACAAUGCCACUCGACUGGUGGUGACGGCGCUGGCGUGGGAGAGGUCGCACGCCGUAGUGGCGCUGUGCCGAGCGCCGCUGCGCGCCGCCAGUGGCGCCGCCGCCACAAAUGCAAGCGGUGGCGGUGGCGCCGCCGCUGCCGCCGGGUCCACGCUCGUCGCUGUUGGUGCUUCAGGAAGCGCUGGUGGUGGCGCGGGUGACAGCAGCGUCGCCGCGGUUGUGGACUGGGCGGCAUGCGCAGUAGACGUGGCGUCGGUGUUGCGAGCAGUGUCGCCGCCGUCGCCGCCGUCGCCGACGCCGGCACCGCCCACGCCUUCAAUGCCCACACCGCCGUCGCCGGCGGCCGGGCCUCUUGCUGCGUCCGUCGCGACCGGCACAGGCACGGGCUCAGGAGCGAGCACCAGCACGAGUACGAGCACGGGUGUUAGCUCUGGCGGCCGCACGGACAAGGCGGGCCGCGCGGCAGGUGCCGCCCCCCGGCCGCCGAGCCCGGCUCCCUUCACGCCGCCGCCAGUCCCUGCGCCGACUGCCGCCGGCACGUCGCCGGGCGGCGGCAAGGUCCGCGGCGGCGGCCGCGAACGCAGCACUACUGGGUUGUCAUCAGCACCACCGCCGUCGCUGCCGCCGAUGCCGCCUCCGUCACCCGCGCCGUCACUGCCUAGUGCUGCUGGCAGCAACAAGCGGAGCCUGGCGGACGCGGGGCGUGAUGCCGUGAUGGUGGCAUCGAAGCGCUCGAAAGAGGCAAGGGUGUCAGAGGCGGGCGACGUGGCAGUGCGGCGGCAGCGCCAAAUGCUGGAACAUCGCCGCGCGCGGACGUGAGGGACCAUUCAGUAGCUGGACACGCGGGCCACCGCCUACCGACGACCGUGCAGUCACCAUGCUUAAUAUGAUGAGAUACUUGGGUCGGUGAUGGCGGCGGUGAAGUGGUGAACGCACACGAGGCCCAUCACACCAGCACCUGGCAUGCUGGUAUGAACCCAACCCCUGGCAUGCGGUUGUGUUUCUUGUUUAGCGGGUUCAACUGUCGGCACCCAUGUUGCCGCAACGUUUAUUGCGCGUCGCAACCUUGACCUUGUUGGUUGCGCGCGCAGCAGCAGGGUGGGAUUAUGUAGGAAGAAGAGGAGCGAGCUGUGGCGAGCUGUGGGUUGAAGCCUCUGAAAAUUGGUGCUAAUUAUUGGAGUUGAGAGUUGUGGGAGAGCGUUGAUUGCGGGAGGGCGUUGCCGGCGAUGCGUGUCUGAGCGUUGCAUGUGUGGUUGCAGACCAUGGGCACAGGGUGGGACAAGCCCACGUUUUCGGGCUGUCAAGUUGCCUUUGCUCGGCGCCAGGUUCAGGUAGGAUAGCAGCACUUUAAAGCUGGCUCGGAUCAGUAGUUGAAGGAGUGCAGGAGGCGGCCUGAGGCGGUGGUACAGGUCGUCCAGCUAGAUGUGCUGACUGGAACCCAGAUUGUGCACGGUAUGUGUGCUCCAAGGAGUUGCAUACGAGGCGCGCGUGAGUGACGGAGCGCAGAUAAAGCACGGGGUCUCCACAUUACUACAAGGUUAAUUUACUUGCUUUUAUGAUGGUGAUGAGAGCGAGCUUGAGUUUCACAUUGUUUGAAGUGCCCUGACGUUCUUGCAGGUAUGCAUUCAUGGCAACAAGCAUGCGGCACCUUUACACAUGAGACAUGGGAAUGCGCCAGAUGCGCCAUGUCUGCUGCGAUCUUCAUGUCAUGCACAGUGCGGAUCAGACUCUUGUAGUUGUGUGUGUUGGCAAGGCUAUGCGGCACCGAGGACGGUUAGGUUGGGUGGCGUGGGUGCUUCAAGGAAACACUAGAGAGUUUCAGAGGCAGGGUGGCCCGUGGCCCGGUUCAGAGGCAGGGUGGCCCGUGGCCAGAGCCGGAGUCAGUCGUACGGUGAUGUCACGUGAUUGACAAUGCAUGCAUCCGUGUUCGCCUCACAGCAUUGCGCACGUCAUGUUGGAAUCAUCUAGUAGACUUGUACUAGCUGCGGUAGUUAGCCAGCAAUAGCUGUGCUUCCGAUGAGAGGGAAGCCCCGGGCUGUGGUCGAUCAUGUUGGUAGAUUACACAUGCUGCGGAAUGGGCGAAAGCAACCCUUUGCCGUCACGAUUCCACACUGAUAUGGCACGGAGGUCGCAAGCCAUUCAUCCGGCAUCGCAUUUGCUCAGUCAUUGCAUGUCAGGGGUGCCCCUGUUGCAUGUCGUUUGGUGAAACCUGUUUCUCAUAAGCGCGUUUGGCGCUUCACUGGCACGAUGGGCGUGCUGGGCGGUGCGGUUAUGUGCGGCGGCAUCAGAAGGCGCCCGCCCACCUGUGUUUAUAAUUGCCUUCAGCCCAAGCCCGGUAAAGCGUGGACAGCAGGGGGUUGCCCCUGCAUGAGUGCAGUACGUUCAGGCUGUUUAGAGCUUAUAGAUGGAGGCAUCGAGCAGAGGGGUUUGUGACAACCACGCUACCCCCCUUGAAGACACCUUGGAUCCCUAACAUUUACAGCCGUAUGGCGUCCGUACUUACACGCAUGUGACUGUGCCUGCCUGCAUGUCCAGUCAGAGCAUGUGGCCAUACCAGCGUGUACAAC